CCCGCGGAGGCAGCACCCGCGGCCGGCCCGGCGGCCUCGCACCCGGCUUCGGUUGCCCGUGCCCGGCGCCCCGGCCCAACACCACCGGCCGCCAGGCCCGGCCCUAGGGGCGCGGCUGCCGGGGCUUCCGUCUGCCCCAGGGGGGAAUCCGGGCCGCGAGCCGCCGCCGAAUGGCUCUCGACAAAGUACCCUUGACCACCAAGGCCAGCCUCUUCCUGAAAGCCCCGCUCGCUCCGAUACAGGAAGUAGAAGGGAGCGAGUGCCCCGGAGCGCGGCGACGGCGGCUUCCCCACUCCGCGCGGGGCUGGCGGCGGCGCCGGCCCGGGCCCUUCUCGAGCGCCAGCGCCAGGGGCAUGCGGGCGCCCGGAGCACCGCGGCCCGCUCGUGCCGGCGCCUGAGCCCCAGCGCUCACUGUCUCGGAGCUGCCGGCGGCAUGAUCCGACGGGCCGGGGCGCCCGCGCGCGGGGACCCCGAGGGUCCUGUUCCAGAUGCUGGCAAAGGAGAGGGAGAGGACCAGGAGGAGGGAGACGGCAUGGGCCCUUGCCCGCCGGCCGCCCCGAGGAACUGCCUUCCCCGCCGGGGCCUCAGCGUCCUGGAGAAGCUCGUCAAGACGUGCCCGGUGUGGCUGCAGCUGGGCCUGGGCCGGGCAGAGGCAGCGCGGAUCCUGUGCCGGGAGGCGGCUGGGAUGUUCCUGGUCUGCCGAGACAGCAGCUUGAAGCGCCUGGUGCUCUGUGUCCACUUUCCUUCCCUGAAUGAGAGCUGGCCCCAGGUACUCGAAUACACCAUUAAAGAAGAAAAGUCGAUAUUGUACCUGGAAGGCUCGGUGCUUGUGUUUGAGGACAUCUUCAGACUGAUUGCCUUCUACUGUGUCAGUAGAGAUUUACUGCCCUUCACGCUGAGGCUGCCCCAGGCCAUCCUCGAGGCCAGCAGCUUCUCAGACCUGGAGGCCAUCUCCAACCUGGGCCUGGGCUUCUGGGAGUCCUCGCUGAACCCCCGGCCAGGAGGUGAGAGCCCGGCUGAGCGCCCAAGAGACCCGGCCCCCAGAGCACCCCCGGCCUCCGGCCUCAGGCCCCCGGCCCCUCCCGCAGACUGCGCGUGUGAAAUCGAGCUGUCGGGAGGGAAUGAGCGCCUGUGGUUCGUGAAUCCCAUUUUCAUCGAGGACUGCGGCAGCGCCCUCCCGGCCCAGCUGCCACCCCCUGGAAGCUGCCCUGUGCCCCCGAUGCCUUCCCCCUCUGACGCCACCUCGCCCACCUCCAGGUGGGCCCCACGCCGCCCACCUCCUCCUCCGCCGGCGUCCUCCCUGAGCCCCCCUGUCAACCCCCACAGCCUUGCCCGGUCCCCAUCUCUCGUCCCUCCUCCUCUCCCCACUCCUGCUCUUGCUUGCCCUCUGUCUCUUUCACCCCACCCUCCAGAAGCCCUUCCUCUCGCAUCCCCGGUGUCUGCCCCCCACCCGGCACCCCAGCCCCUAGGCCCCCCAGACCACCCGAGCCAGCCCCCCACGACAGCCUGCGAGAGGCUCCCACACCCCACCCCAGGCCCAGGCCACCUUGGGGAGGAAGAGAUGAAGCCGGGAGUGGCCCCCAGCCCCCUGCAGCUGGCCGCUGUCCCCCCAGUGCCUGUGAAGAAGAGCCUCCCUGCGGCCCCUCCCAGGCGACGCGUCUCCGAGAGGGUCUCCCUAGAUGGGCAGGAUGUGGCAGCAGAGGGGACCAGGGCCACCCCCCUCGGCCUGCCUUCCCAGGAGACCUCGGAUGGUUCUGGAGACAGGCCCCCAAGGACCAUGGAGCAAGGCCAGGAGGCAGAGGCCAAAGCCAGCGGACUGGGCGGCAUGCCAGAGCCCCCCAGGAGGGUCAGACAACCCCCAGUCCCACCUCCCAGAAAGAAGCGGAUCUCCCGGCAGCAGGCCUUGGCCCUCCGCAGGCCCCCGGAGAGCGCCGAGCUCACCACAGAAGAGGUAGCCUCUGUGAAACCCGUGCCUGGGCCGUCCCGGGAAGAUGCCAGCCCUGCCCCCCAAGCUGGGGCUCAGAGCCGCCACACCCCGGCUGGCGCCCGUCCCCAGAGCUCCUCAGAGUUCAAAGGCUCCCUGGCCUCCCUGUCAGACAGCUUGGGGGUGCCCUCCUCGGCCACAGACCAGGACUCGUACUCCACCAGCAGCACGGAGGAGGAGCUGGAGCAGUUCAGCAGCCCCCACGCGAGGAAGAAGCAGUCGAUGAUCCUGGGCAAGGCGCGGCACCGGCUGAGCUUCGUCAGCUUCACCAGCGUCUUCAACGCCUUCCUCUCCAACAACCGCAAGCUGUACAAGAAGGUGGUGGAGCUGGCCCAGGACAAGACCUCGUACUUCGGCAGCCUGGUGCAGGACUACAAGGUGUACAGCCUGGAGAUGAUGGCGCGUCAGACCUCUAGCACCGAGAUGCUGCAGGAGAUCCGCACCAUGAUGACCCAGCUCAAGAGCUACCUGCUGCAGAGCACCGAGCUCAAGGCCCUAGUGGACCCCAUCCUGCACUCGGAGGAGGAGCUCGAAGCCAUUGUGGAGUCUGCCCUGUACAAAUGUGUCCUGAAGCCACUGAAAGAAGCCAUCAACUCCUGCCUGCAUGAGAUCCACAGCAAGGACGGCUCGCUGCAGCAGCUCAAGGACAACCAGCUGGUGAUCCUGGCCACCACCACCACCGACCUGGGCGUUACCACCAGUGUGCCAGAGGUGCCCACCAUGGAGAAGAUCCUGCAGAAGUUUGCCAGCAUGCACAAGACCUACUCGCCUGAGAAGAAGAUUGCCAUCCUACUCAAGACCUGCAAGCUCAUCUACGAAUCCAUGGCCCUCGGCAACCCAGGGAAGCCCUACGGGGCAGACGACUUCCUGCCCGUGCUCAUGUACGUGCUGGCCCGCAGCAACCUCACCGAGAUGCUCCUCAACGUGGAGUACAUGAUGGAGCUCAUGGACCCCGCUCUGCAGCUCGGGGAGGGGUCCUACUAUCUGACCACCACCUACGGGGCCCUGGAGCACAUCAAGAACUACGACAGGAUCACGGUGACCCGGCAGCUGAGCGUGGAGGUGCAGGACUCCAUCCACCGCUGGGAGCGCCGGCGCACGCUCAACAAGGCCCGGGCCUCGCGCUCGUCGGUGCAGGACUUCAUCUGCGUGUCGUACCUGGAGCCCGAGCACCAGGCGCGGACGCUGGCGUCGCGGGCGGACACGCUAGCCCAGGCGCUGUGCGCGCAGUGCGCGGAGAAGUUCGAGGUGGCGCGGCCGCAGGACCACCGGCUCUUCGUGCUGGUGGACGGGCGCUGCUUCCAGCUGGCCGACGAGGCGCUGCCGCACCGCAUCAAGGGCUACCUGCUGCGCAGCGAGCCCAAGCGCGACUUCCACUUCGUGUACCGGCCCCUGGAUGGCGGCGGGGGCGGUGAGGGCCCGCCCUGCCUCGUGGUGCGGGAGCCCAACUUCCUGUGAGCGGGGACCGGCGGCCCCCAGGCAAUGGCAGGAUUCCCGGGACCGGCGGCCGGCCCAGGCGGGGCGGGUGCACGCUCGCCCCCACCUCCCCGCUCUCGCAUGCCCCCAGGUCUGGCCAUGCCGGGCCCAGCUGGAGGCACACGGACACACAGCACCCGCCACACAUCUGCCCGCACACAAGCCACUGAGCACACCCAGGCUGAAUCACGGGACCGUCGUGAGAGAAAAUGUAGUGGGCAGGGGCUUUUCCCAGGGAGAGUCCUAGCACUGAGAGGCCACCAAGGCCAGUCUCUUUGUUGGUCAGAAAGGGAAACUGAGGCCCAGAGAGGGAAGGGCCUCUCCCGCCAGCUGCAGCACGCAAAGCCCAAGCUUGCCUCUGUAGGUGCACGGUCCCACAGGUCGUUCCCUCUGCCUCCCUCAUGCCCGCCCCGAUCUUCGAUAGUUCCUGGGGAAGGGCGUUGGCUUAGUUUCCCCAGGAUUGGCCGAGAAGAGGUGGCCUGGCCACAGCUGCACCCAGGAUGGAGCUGGGAAUUUUCGGAUCUUCCCGAUGUCUCAGGAGCUUCUCUCAGGGCGUGUGUCAGGCUCACUACUCUGCUCUGGGCCCUGCCUGCAGCCAACCAGUGUCCACAGCCCUUCUGCAGCUCCUGAGCCCUUCCAGGAGCAGCUGGACAGACCCCAGGACCACCAAGCAAGGCCAGCUCUGGAUGCCUGGACAAGCCCAGCCUUGGCAGUGGGGGAAACUGACAGGGUCCUCUCCCUGGUGGAGGCACCCAGGGCCCAGGCAGUUGCUACAAGAGGCACAUGUGGGGCGGGGUUAAUAAAAGCCCCUUUGAAA